CAUGCCAAUGACAGUCAUUCACAUAUUCAUUUGUGAAUCCCAAUUGUACACUCUAUUGUUUAUUUAAGAGCAUUUUACAAGUCUUCAAAUGAAAUGAAAUAGGAUUUACUUUUCUGUCUUCUAUAAGUUACAUUAUACUUCUGUUUUGUGUGAUAGUGUGAUCUAGUAGGUACGAUAAUUUUACUACGUUCUUAUUUAGGUAUCUACUUAUUUUAUUUAAUGAAGUGCUUCAUGUACUUAAUAAUAAUUUCGUGCUAACAAAAAACACAGCAGUUUGACCAAGAGUUGCAGUAAUUAUAGGUAUAUGAUAUGAUGACGAUGACUAUGCACCUAUAAGAUUACUCUAACAUUAAAGAUUUCUGCUCUGUAUGGAUGACGUUGCCGUAUCAUAAUAGCAUGAUUAUAUCUAACUAGUUAAGUACCAUAUAUUAUUAACUGACACCAUUCAAGAUAUGCAUUUCUAUUCGAUUACUAGUCACAGUAAGAUAAAAUAAGUAAACAAUGUCAUUAUUUCUGAAAAUAUUUUGUCUCGUUUGUGCUAUUGGGUCAAACGAGGCCGCAAGAAUAUUAGCAGUUUAUCCAGUGCCUUCAAUAAGUCAUCAAGUAGUGUUUCGCCCUUUGAUGCAAGAAUUAGCAAAACGUGGACAUGAAGUAGUAGUGAUUACAGCAGACCCGGCGUUCCCGAAAGGACAAUCUCCGCAAAAUCUUACUGAAAUCGAUGUCCAUGAUUUGUCGUACAAAAUGUGGAACGAAUUUUUAGAAACUGGAAAAGCUCAAGCUCAUAUGACUUAUACUCAAGUAAAGAUAUUUCUAGAUAUCCUUUUAGAUAUUUUCGAAGCAGAAACUAAAUCUGUGGAAGUACAAAAACUUUUAAAUGAUAAAGAGAGAAGUUUUGAUUUAUUAUUUGUAGAAUCUUGCAUAAGGCCAGCUUUGAGUUUCGCGUACCGAUACAAUGUACCAGUGAUUGAAUUUAGUUCAUUAGGUGGUGUAUUUGGAACAUUUGAUGGUACAGGGACCCCGACAAACUUUCUCGUGUAUCCUUUGCCUUCACGCCAGAGAGUCUAUAAUCUAUCUUUAUGGGAGAAGAUUUCAGAAGUGUACAAUGAUUACAUGAUCCAAAAAAUCUGCGAUGAACAUGUCGACACAGAAAAUAAAAUAGUGAGAGGCGUAUUUGGCCCAGAAGUACCUAGUUUAAGAGAAUUGAAAAAACAAGUUCAAUUGAUAUUUUUGAAUGUAAAUCCUAUAUGGGACUUUAAUAGACCUGUUUCCCCUAACAUAAUAUACUUGGGCGGAAUUCACCAGAAGCCUGAUAAACAGUUACCGAAGGAUCUCAAAAACUAUCUUGAUUCAUCUAAAAACGGCGUGAUAUACAUGAGUUUUGGUACUAACGCUAGACCAUCAUUAUUGCCAGCAGAAAAAUUGAAAAUAUUUACAAAUGUAUUCUCUCAGCUGCCCUAUGACAUUUUAUGGAAAUGGGACACAGAUGAACCACCGGCCCGUUUGGAAAAUGUUAAGAUUUCAAAAUGGUUACCACAGUCAGACUUAUUAAAACAUCCAAAAGUGAAAUUAUUUAUAACUCAGGCAGGCUUACAGUCGACUGAUGAAGCUUUGACAGCCGGUGUACCGUUAGUUGCUAUACCGUUUCUUGGAGAUCAAUGGUUUAAUGCUGAACAGUAUGUUAAACAUCAUAUUGGAAUACAACUUGAUUUAGAAACUAUUACUGAGGAUAAACUGAAAAAUGCCAUUGAAAUCAUCAUUCAGGAUAACACUUACCGUGAAAGCGUCGUGAAACUGCAUAAACUAAUGCGCGAUCAGCCACAGCCACCGCUCGAGCGCGCCGUGUGGUGGACGGAGCACGUCCUACGCCACGGCGGAGCCACGCAUCUGCGAUCCGCAGCAGCUCAUAUGCACUGGACCGAAUAUUAUGCUAUUGAUUUAGUAUUAUUGGUUUUUAUUGCAUUAAUCGCGCUAGUCAUAGGAAUGAUUUUUGUGAUACGCUUUGUUAUGUUUCAAAAUAGAAAUUUGAAAAUUAAGAUGAAGAUAAAUUGAUUAAAUGAUAUACUUAAUGUUAAUAUAAUUAAUACUUAGGAGAGGAUAUUUGAAUGUAAAUUUUAGAACUUUUAAUAUAUAAGGAUAUUAGGUUUUAGUUUAAUAUUAAGUAGUAAUACGAGUUUAUGAAAAUACAUGCAGCCCGACUUUGCACGGGUACAGGCAUUA